AGGAGGAGGGGAGGGCAGAGGCGGGCUGAACUCCAGCCUAGCCCAGCCCGGCCCCGCCUCGCCUCUUCCCCCGGCGCGGCUGAAGGCACAGACCAUGUCCCCUCCGAAGAGGCAGCCGCGGAGCCCGCGAGGCUGCUGAGGCAGGAGGAGGAGAGCCUGGAAGAGGAAGAGGAGGAGGAGGAGGAGGAGGAUGAAGAAGCCGCGGGGGCUGCUGCUGCUGCUGCUGCGCCGCCCGCCUGCAGGCUGCCUGCUGCUGCUGGCGCUGCUCCUGGGACUCCGUGCUCAGCAGGCAGAAGCCGCGGCUUGCCAUGGUUGUGUAUCAGGAUCCAAGUGUGACUGCAGUGGAGCAAAAGGAGAAAAGGGUGAGAGAGGGUUUCCGGGUUUAGACGGUCAACCAGGUUUACCUGGGUUUCCUGGACCAGAAGGACCACCUGGGCCAAGAGGCGAGAAAGGAGAUGAUGGACUUCCAGGACCAUUUGGACCCAAAGGAAUCAGAGGACCUCCAGGUCUGCCAGGAUUUCCAGGAACACCAGGACUUCCUGGGUUGCCAGGCCAGGAUGGGCCCCCCGGAGCUCCUGGUAUCCCAGGAUGCAAUGGAACGAAGGGAGACCGUGGCUACCCUGGUACUUCAGGUUUUCCAGGUUUACUGGGGCCCCCUGGUCCUCCCGGUCUGCCAGGCAUGAAGGGUGAGCCAGGUGAAAUAAUUUCAUCUACAUUGCCAGGACAAAAAGGUGAUACUGGAUUUCCAGGUUUACCAGGAAUACCAGGCCCCUCGGGUCCCACUGGAGUGCAAGGUCCUCUUGGCCCCCCUGGGCCACCAGGUUUGACGGGUCCUCCUGGCCAGCCAGGAUUGCCAGGCCCUAAGGGCAACAUGGGCUUGAACUUCCAAGGGCCCAAAGGAGAAAAGGGUGAGCAGGGACUUCAAGGACCCCCUGGGCCACCAGGACAAAUCGGAGAACAGAAAAGUACAAAUGAUGCAGUGUUUCAAAAAGGAGAUCAGGGUGUUCCAGGUGACCGAGGCCCCUUGGGUCCCCCUGGGCCACCAGGUCCUCCUGGCCCUCCAGGUGGCGGGAAAGGUGAAAAAGGUGAGCAAGGAGAACCAGGCAAAAGAGGGAAACCUGGCAAGGACGGAGACCCCGGCCAGCCCGGUUUGGCUGGUUUGCCUGGUGACCGCGGUGCAUCCGGCUUUCCCGGAAGAGAUGGAGAAAAAGGUCAGAAAGGUGAAGCGGGUCCCCCUGGUCCUCCCGGACGCGUGAUUUCCAGGACAGGGAUUGAUUCAACAGUGGGAGCAAAAGGAAGCAAAGGCUUACCAGGGUUUCCUGGAGAGAAAGGUGAUCGUGGCUAUCCUGGCCUACAGGGACCCCCUGGGUUGCCUGGUCCCGCUGGAAUUCCAAGCGUAGGCCCACCUGGUGCUCCUGGCCUACCUGGGGAAAGAGGACAGAAGGGCGAUCAAGGGGUACCUGGGAUUUCCAUACCGGGGCAACGUGGACUUGAUGGACGGCCUGGAUCCCCUGGCCUGCCCGGCCCGCCUGGUCCACCUGGGACAACUAUACCAGACACUGGAAGGCUGUGUGAGCGAGGACCCCCUGGCCUCCCGGGCCUCCCAGGAGAGCAAGGAUUUAUGGGGGAGAGAGGCCAGAAAGGUGAUAAAGGAGACACGUGUUUUAACUGCAUAGGAACUGGCAUUCCUGGCCCUCCGGGGGAGAAGGGUCUACCAGGGUUACCUGGAAGCCCAGGGUCUCCUGGUUUUCCUGGGCUAAAAGGUGACAGAGGCAUCCCUGGCCUCGCGGGUCCCGCUGGGACACCAGGUCUUCCUGGCCCUCAAGGGCCCCCCGGGCGUCCUGGUACAAAAGGGGACCCGGGUGACAUCCUUGCCUUCCCAGGACUGAAAGGCGAAAAGGGGGAGCCUGGGUUUCCCGGCCCUCCAGGCCUGCCAGGAUUGGAUGGUUCUCGUGGACAAGAUGGACCCCCAGGCCUCCCUGGGUCCAAAGGAGAACCCGCAGGCAUUGCUUUCAAAGGGGAAAGGGGGCCUGCUGGUGAUCCGGGGUUGCCUGGAAUCCCCGGGGAACGAGGGCCUAUGGGUCCUCCUGGAUUUGGCCCACAAGGUCCCCCAGGCGAGAAAGGCAGUCAAGGUGUUUCGGGUCGUCCAGGAGCCCCUGGAGUUCCAGGACCCAAAGGUGAUCCUGGCCAAACUAUUACUGAAUCCGGACAGCCAGGUAUCCCUGGUCCCCCCGGCCGAGAUGGCGAAGUGGGGUUUCCAGGUGAUCCUGGUCAGCCAGGGCAACCGGGAUUGCCAGGAAUUCCAGGUGCAAAAGGUGACCCAGGAAUCUCAGGCAUUGGACUUCCUGGCCCACCGGGGCCAAAAGGUUUCCCCGGGCUUCCGGGUCUCCCUGGAGCGCCAGGCACACCUGGAAGAGCGGGCCUCGACGGAUCACCUGGCUCUCCUGGAGCACCAGGACAGAAGGGAGAUCGUGGAUUUGGAGUGCCAGGACUAGCUGGACCACCUGGGCCGCCAGGUUUUAAAGGUUUACAGGGCCCCCAAGGUGAUCCUGGCUUCCCAGGAAACCCUGGUUCUCCUGGACGGGAAGGCUUUGACGGAAUACCAGGCCCUAAAGGUGACCCUGGACUACGUGGUCCACCUGGGUUAGUAGGACCUCGAGGGGUGCCAGGAAUUGGUGGUCAAGGCCCACCCGGUCCAACGGGGGCCCCAGGACCUGUGGGUCCACCAGGAUCCCAAGGCUUAGCAGGUGAGAAGGGAGAUCCUGGCCCACCAGGGUUCGACAUUCCUGGCCCUCCAGGUGACAGAGGCAGCCCAGGAUUACCUGGAUCACCCGGAUUCUCAGGGCCUCCGGGAUCACCAGGACUACCCGGAAGAGAUGGAUCUCCAGGAUUCUCAGGUGCUAAAGGAGAGAUGGGUGUAAUGGGUGCACCAGGUCCUCAAGGUGCUCCUGGAAUUCCUGGCAGAAGUGGCCUUCCUGGCCCCAAAGGCAACGACGGCUUUCCAGGCCAGUCGGGCCCGCCAGGACCAGCCGGGCAAAAAGGAAACAAAGGAGAAGCAGGUCUGCCUGGACUCCCGGGGACAGUGGAUCCGGAACAACUCGGCUCCAAAGGAGAAAAGGGAGAACCAGGAACUCCAGGCAUUCCUGGCAUAACAGGCCAGAAGGGUUACCAAGGUCUCCCUGGUGACGUGGGAUCUCCUGGACCAACUGGACAGCCAGGUUCACCCGGAUUGCCAGGCCCCAAGGGCGAUGCUGGGUUGGCUGGACCACCUGGGCCAACGGGACCCCCCGGACAGAAAGGUUCCAGUGGCGAAAUGGGACUCCCAGGUCCCCCAGGUGUCGAAGGUCUGCAAGGCAUAGGAGGACAUCCUGGGCAGCCUGGAUCUCCUGGAAUUCCUGGACCGAAGGGGGAGAAAGGUGAUCCAGGCCUUUCGGACAUUGGUAUUCCAGGCCCCCCUGGCCCUAAGGGUGAUGCUGGUUUGCCUGGAUACCCAGGGGGUCCUGGUAUUAAAGGUUCUCCUGGCACUUCUGGGUUGCCUGGUUUGCCUGGAAAUUCAGGUGCGAAAGGCGAACCUGGCCUCCCUGGAUUCCCAGGUCCACCGGGUAUUUCAGGACCAAAAGGUCUUGAUGGACCUCCAGGGAUGCCUGGUGUCCCAGGAUCACCUGGACCUCAAGGUGAUGUUGGGCGCCCCGGAUCUCCAGGCCUUCCGGGGGAAAAAGGGCAGCCCGGCCGGGACGGCAUACCUGGGCCAUCUGGGCAAAAGGGGGAACCAGGUCAACCAGGCUUUGGGCGCCCCGGACCUCCAGGACUGCCAGGACUAUCAGGUCAAAAGGGUGACUCAGGCUUGCUUGGACCCCCGGGGCCUCCAGGAUCCCCUGGUCUGAAAGGGGAGACAGGUGUCCAGGGGUUUCCUGGCCUUCAAGGUCCACCAGGCCCUCCAGGACUGCCUGGGGCACCUUCAGAAGGUCCUAAAGGUAGCCCAGGGCCGCCAGGAAUACCAGGGAGACCAGGUCUGCCUGGUCCGGAAGGCGCCCGAGGACCUCCUGGAACUGGAGGAGUUAAAGGAGAGAAAGGAAAUCCUGGCUUGCCAGGUCAGCCUGGACUGCCCGGUUUAAAAGGAGAUCAAGGAUUAUCUGGACGCCCGGGGGAGUCCGGCCGUCCAGGUCUGAAUGGAAUGAAAGGUGAUCCCGGCGUCCCAGGCGUCCCAGGAUUCCCAGGUAUGAAAGGCCCCACUGGGCCUCCAGGACCAGCUGGCCUUGGAGGGGAUCUUGGACCACCUGGCUCUCCAGGUCCUCCAGGGAUACCUGGCCCAGCUGGACAAACCAUUGUAGUGAAAGGUGACCCGGGUCCCCCGGGGCCUCCGGGACAGCCUGGAUUUAAAGGUCAGCCUGGACUGCCAGGCCCACCAGGAUUGCUGGGUCCAAUUGGCCUUCCUGGUAACUCUGGGCAAGAUGGGCUUCCUGGAUUUAGUGGGCCAGAUGGCCGUAAAGGGGAGAGAGGACUUCCAGGUCAACCAGGUUUUCGAGGGUCACAGGGCCCUCCAGGUCCAGACGGCUUGCAAGGACCGCCUGGUCCUCCAGGAACUGCUUCAGUCGCCCACGGAUUUCUUAUAACUCGCCACAGCCAAACGACAGACACUCCGCUGUGCCCACGAGGAACAAUCCAGAUCUACGAUGGGUUUUCUCUCCUCUACGUGCAAGGGAAUGAGAGAGCCCAUGGGCAGGACUUGGGUACCGCUGGUAGCUGCCUUCGCCGCUUCAGUACCAUGCCCUUCAUGUUCUGCAACAUCAACAACGUCUGUAACUUUGCAUCUAGAAAUGACUAUUCCUAUUGGCUCUCCACUCCCGAGCCGAUGCCCAUGAGCAUGGAGCCAUUAACCGGGAAGAGCAUCCAGCCUUUUAUUAGUCGCUGCACAGUCUGUGAAGCUCCUGCCAUGGUUAUAGCAGUACACAGCCAGACCAUUCAAAUUCCAUCAUGUCCACAAGGCUGGGAAUCACUAUGGAUUGGUUAUUCUUUCAUGAUGCACACAAGUGCCGGCGCAGAAGGAUCUGGACAGGCUCUGGCCUCCCCCGGUUCCUGCUUGGAGGAAUUCCGCUCGGCUCCCUUCAUUGAGUGUCACGGUCGUGGGACCUGCAAUUAUUAUGCCAAUUCAUACAGUUUCUGGCUGGCAACAGUGGAGGUGGCAGAAAUGUUCAGUAAACCUCAGUCAGAGACCUUGAAGGCUGGAGACCUGAGGACGCGGAUUAGUCGAUGCCAAGUCUGUAUGAAGAGGACGUAAUACCUUGGAGACUUGCAAAACCGCUGCAAAUUCUUUUGGUGCACUGUCCUUCAGCUAUAACAAUGGUGCUAUUGUGCAGAAGAAGAAAGAACUUCUUUUUGUAAAAAAAAAAAGAAAAUAAAAAAAGAGAAAAUCCAGAUGAUGCAGAUUCCGGUGUACCUCUCCCAAGUGCCAGCCCAAAGGCGGUCUUCUGGUGCAUUUUUGUCAAGGGAACUGAUCUCUUGGAAAUAUUGGAGACGCUGAAGGGACACUAAAGGAUCUGAAGGCGAAAUGGCCCCACCUCCCUCUGGUGCCUAGAGAGCCUGUUUUUAAAUCGCCGAAGAGAAAAGAAGCCACAGGGCAUCUUUCACAAUGAUGAGACUCCAGUUCUGAGAAACCCUGUCUUCAUGGUGCUACCAACCCUACUGUAUCCCAGGAUUUUAAUAUGAAAUGUUUAAGCUUAUUUUUCCCCCUUUGUAAGUAAUGAAAUGUGUAUAUUGUGUAAACACUUUUUUUUUAGUUUUCAACUUCUGAAUCAUUUAGACACAAACCAGCCUAAAAAUCACUUGCCUUCACAGGAAAAAGAAAAAACCCUAUAUAUAAAUAUAUAUUAUAUAUUAAAAAUAUAUAAAAGCCUCAAAAUACCCAUCUAAAGCAGGCAGCAGUACUGUGUAGCAAUAAAUGGCAACGAGAGAUCUGUCCCCUCUUGUAACCAACUACUACUGAAUUUUAAAGUUUUAUUUUCUGCCGUGCGUUGCAGUCACACUUUAUUUGGGAAAUGUACAAUAGCAUUUGUAGCAUAUUGUUGCGUCUAUAUGCCACACUAUUGGGAGAUUUUCUAUGUUCUUAAGAAGCCAAAAAGAGAGAGAGCAUUUUAAAGGGGUUUAUUUUUGCAUAUUCUGUGAAAUAAAUGAAAUGCUUCACCAUAUUCAAUAUUCUUUUAUAGAAAAAGUCACAUUCAUUUGUAUAUCACCUUUGUUCAGCAAAAUGCCCCCUGGAAAAUUAGCAAUUAACAUAAAUAUUUCUACACAUAUGCACGCGUGUGCGCACACAAACACACACAAAUCCACUUUUUCCAGAAAUGAUGCCAUAUAUAUCUUAUCCAGAAUAACUGUACACUUUAGGAAAUCCUUUUGACUGAAAUAAAGUGAAAACUGGUAAAAACGGA